AUGAGUAUUUUCGAAAGGAUCACAAACUGGGUUAAGCCUUCCAACUUGUCUUCAUUCCAAGGUGGGGUUAACAUCGUGGAGGGAGCUGUGCUCUUGCUUACACCAUAUCGUAUUAUUGAAGGUUUGAGAAUUCCUGUUCUGGGCGUGGACAAACCUCAAUUAGAAUCCCUUUACAAAAUUAUCGGCGUCUACUUGGUUUCCUUGGGUCAUUAUCAUAUUACCGCCGGUAACGCCAACAAUGAAAACUUUGCUUCCAAUUCAGUGAUGAAUCGCAUAGUAAUCUUUAGUGGUAUCGGUUUACUACGAUACCUAAACAACGCGCCAAGCGAAAUGCUUUAUAUGGCAUUCGUGGAUGUUGUUCUCGCUUUGAUAACCUACAUGUCGUUGGAAAGUUUCAGCAAAGACAAGGGACGUCGUCGUGAUUAA